CUCUGUCCUCCAGGGCGCUUCACCUCUCUACUGCUCUCGCUCAAUGGCAGAACAGAAAAAUCGCUUGAGGGUGCAAUCAGUGUUGUCAUCCGACGACCAUGAGCCUGGAUACAAGACAUUCUCAGAAAUGAACAGUCUGGGUGACCUGCUGGGGGUGUUUGGGAUGACUGUGAGGGUGCGGGGAACUGAAACGCUUUGCUCCGAGCAAGGUGGCAGCCUCAGCAAAUACCUUAGUGACAUGCAGCCGGCAGACUUCACUGCCGUUACGAAACUGUACAGGGCCCUAUUUGAUCACGGCGAUGGCCUGGAGAGGGUUAGGCUGCCGCCCAACCUCCCAGACUUUUUGAAGCCACUCUUCCGACACAUGGUUUUCUGCCGCAACCGCCGGCCUCCUGAGCCACAAUUCAACAACGGGGCUGGUAAACAGUGGGGUAGUUGUGUGAUGGAAAUGCGGCGCCAUGUGGGGAUUGGCAAAGAGUGGGGAGUCAAGGCGUCCACAACUUCCAGCACCAGGGACUGGUGUGGAAUGAGGGCCAGUAACAUAUCAGGUGUGGUGGACUUUCUGGUGGAAAAUGUGGAUGCUAGGGUCCUGGCGGUGGGGGGAGUGAACUCAGAAGUGACAGCACAAUGCCAAGUGCUGGCCCCACUCCUGCUCCAGAGAGAAAAACAAGGGGUGUGCCCAGUUGGGUUCACCAUAAAUGAGCAUAUCCUAACAAUAUUCCAGCUGGUUCCAGAUGGGGGUGCAACUCAACCAACCAGAUACGCACUGAGGCCUCACCCCAUAAAGUACAUCACCUUUCAGAGGAAACCAUACCUCACACAAUCACUAAGUGAUGUAAUACAUUUCAUCGAUGAUCUGUUGGUACUGACAGCCAACGUCGAACAGCAACUUGCUCCCCCUGAGCUUGAACUGCAAGCUACCCCCCUGGAUUCAGAUACUGAAGAUGCUGGGACUAACAGGCCAAGAGAUAUUAUCGAACAAAGGCUAAGUGAAGUUGAGGAAAUGCUGAGGAAGCUGACUACUGCUUAACUUUUCUCAGUUGGGAGCCAUGCUUUGAACUGAAAUCUGUUUGAACUGCACUACAUACAUAAUGUAUACAUUUGACAUUAGUGUACUAAACUUAAUCGAACUUCAUGCUGAA